AUGAUUGUGUCACUAAUUGUAAAAAAUAUACUGACUUUAGGCAUAUUGCUUCUUUUUGGAUUUCAACUCAGCUCUGCUUAUACUUUGAAAUUUAAUGAAGCAGGAAAGUUUAAAAUAGUAUAGCUGACUGACAUUCAUCUAGGAUAUGACGAUGAAAAGGAUUAAAAAUCAUUGAACGUUAUCUCAACUGUUUUAGAUCAUGAGAAGCCUGAUCUUGUUUUUAUAACAGGGGACGCAGUAUCAGGCUACCUCUGGGAUGACUAAGAAUAGAAUUUUUAUGCUUCUAAGUACUAAAAAAUGGCGGAACUACUCACAAAGUACCAAAUUCCAUGGGCAUUGACUGCAGGAAACCAUGACUCUGAAGGAGAUCUAACAAGAGAUCAAAUAUCUGAAUUUGAUAGAUCAUUUGCUUUAAGUCUUACCUAAUAGAAAAUACCAGAGUUAUCUCACACAUUUAAUUACUAGUUGCCAGUUUAUGAUAAAAACGGUGAGAGUGUACUCUUUAGAAUUUGGACCGUAGACUCCGGAGAAGGAGAUGGAUGUCCAGAUGGAUUUGGUUAUGAUUGCGUAAGAAAUGAUUAAAUUGACUGGAUGAGAUAAGAAUUAAAUCAGCUUCCUGAUGAGGACCCAAGUAAAAGAAGAGGAAUCCUGUUUAUGCAUAUUCCUAUAUAGGAAUACAUGAAUCUCUAUAAUGAUGAAAAUAUAUAUGGAGAAGAUGGUGAGUAUAUAUGCUGUCAAUCUGUCAACACUGGCCUGUUUUAAUUAAUCUAAGAAACAAAUGCAGUAGAUUGGAUCUCGAGCGGCCAUGAUCAUGACAAUGAUUAUUAUGGAUAAUACAAAGGCAUCAAUAUGGCUUAUGGAAGAAAGACAGGGUAUGGCUAAUAUGGCCCCAACAAAUUACUAAGAGGAGCUAGAGUUUUUGAAAUAAGCAUAAAUAAUGAAUAUGACGUUAAAACAUGGAUAAGAUAAGAAGACGGUUCAAUAGAUUAUCAGAAAAAACUUAGUCAAAAACCAUUUUUGUCUUUUAGCUAGGAAUACUGCUGUGAAGAAAUAGUUCAAUAGUAGCUGUAUAAUUUCAAGUAUACAAUAGUUUUCUUGAUUGGAAUGGGUUACUUUUUGAUUGACUCUCUGCUAUAAAGGAGGCGGUAGAGGUCAAAUUUUCAUAAGGAAAAGUUAUCAAUUAUGUAAAGCUAAGUGCCUUCUUAACAGUAAGAAACAAAUUCCAAUUAGAAUAUUAGUGAAUCAAAUGUCACCAUAUUAUUGUGA